ACCCGGGCAUGCCAAAUGCAUCAUAUCCUGGUUUCAGAUAAAGAUUCUUCCUCUCUCCCUGCUAGCUUCUCUUUGAGUGGAGGUCCAAACGGAUGCAGGUUGAAUAGAGACCACAUGGCCUCUGUAAAGGUAGCUCCAAAGACUCCCUUUGCUUUCGAGAACAGCACAAGCAGUGCCCGAGAUGAUUCCUUCUCCACGUAUCUGGCGCUUGUUAGAGAGAGCUUCCCACCGGAGAUCGGUAGUCCCACGCCAGAAAGCUUGUCGUGUCAAGUCAUCCUAAAUAGGAGGAGAACUGCCGACGGGGAGAUCGAAAUCUUUGAUGCGGAGAAGUACUUCAGCGGAGUCAUGGACGGCGAUGCGCCACCCGCGCCGGAGAACGGUCUCGGGACGCCGAGUAAGAAGGAAGUGAAGGUGAGGGUGAGGUCUAGGUCGAGGGCCGGCAGCACCAGCUCGGAGACGAGCUGCAACAGCCGGAGUCAGCUGCUUCGUGACUCCCGCAAGCACCCGAUCCCCUGCGGGCAGAGAGACGCGAACAGCAAGAGGUUCCUCAGCGUUUUCCCGUGCCCGUGCUCCCGGAAGAACGCCACCGACGUCGACAAAGAAGCCUUAUCCGAUGCUAGAUCGGACAACCUCAAGAAGCAGCUCGUGCAACAUGGAGAGAGGUGUGGUGGAGAUGACCACCUCGUGAGCGAGCUGACACUGAAAAGAAUCAGUCCCGGUUUGAUCAAGCAGGAGGUGUUUGCCUUCCCUCCAUGUUUGAGCUCCGCGGCAGGAGAGGGAACGGUAGGGAAAGAGGUCAAAGAAGAGGAGAAGGUCGGGCGAGGUCCCAAGGCGGUGGUGGGUCAAAGGAGAAGCUUCACCAUGUUAACGUCGGCCAAGAUUGUCGUUGGUGACGAUGGCGGACGAGACGACGAUGUCCGAAGCGAGGCGAGUUCGGACUUGUUCGAGAUCGAGAGCUUGUCGAUGACUUCACACCCUUUCAUCUCCCACGGGGGAACCGAGUCGGCACCAAGCGAAGCGAGCAUCGAGUGGAGCGUGGUCACCGCCAGCGUCGCCAACUUCUCCAUCGCAUCGGAGUCCGAGGACCAGAUGGCGAGCCUCCGCAGGCCGAGGCGAGCGUCAGGGUCAGGACUUCUACUGGGCUGCGUCAGCGACAAGGCAGUGAACGUGACAGCCGGCACCGCAAAGAUGCCAGAAAGGAUCAGCUUCGACCGGCGGGACAGCGCCGGUGUCGACGGUUCGGUGACAGCCGCGGCGAGGUACCGCGCGGAGAGCUGCGGCGUGGACUUAGGCUUCGGCCGCGCCGGACGUGUCCUUCCCCCGACUUCCUUUGGCUCCAGCCGUCCCUCCCAAGAUUAGCGACUUCUUCUUCUUCAUUCAUCGUGCCAUGUUGUGUGUGUUCAUAGAAAGAUGGAGCAAAGCUGCACGUUAAUGUAAAGGCGAUGGUAACUUAUGUUCCACGCUGUCAAAUCUAUAUGAUGAAUACUGGUUGUGCAUCAUCUUCCUUGCUUGGAAGAAAGCAAACAUGCAUCCAAAAGGAUAACACGAGUACUGCUACUUACUGAGA